AUGUUCAAUUAUAAUAGUUCAUUAAGAAUGAUACAAGUGAAUCAUUCAUUAUUUUUUCCUAUGAACAAUAAAGUUUUAACACAAUUUACAACGGAACCAGUUGAAAUUUAUUUACCAAGUAUUAUUACUUCAACUAUAUUACUUAUCAUUAUUUCUAUGAUUGGAACAAUAGGUAAUAGUCUUGUUGUAUGGGCAUUUACAAAACAAGUUAAACAAGGUAUUAUUUCUGGCUUGUUUAUUCUAUUAUUGGCUUGUAAUGAUUUAUUUAUUUGUCUUAUUGUAAUUCCAUGUACAUUAUAUUUAGAUAUUUGGACAGGGGAUACAACUGAUUGGAUAUGUCGUGCACAUUUAACAAUGAAAGGAUUUGUUGUACCUGUUUCAGCAUGUAUAUUAAUGUUGAUAGCAAUGGAAAGAUUUUUAUUAAUCUGUUUCAUUCCUGGUAUACAAAUGCAACGUACACAUAUUGUAUUAUCAUUAGUCAUUAUAUUUUGCAUUGGUUUAUUAUGUGCUAUACCAAUGGGAUUACAUGUUCGUGCAAUUGAUUUAUUUAAAGAACGUGAUGAAUUAUUAGAUUUAAAUACAUUGAAAUAUGGAUUAUCCACUAUGGAAAAUGUUAUGUCCUUUGUAUUAUUUCUUGGAACAGCUGGUGUAUAUGCACUGAUCUUUCUAUUUGUCUGGAGGCAUGAAUCAUUUAUGUAUGAGAAAUAUGGUAAUCCAAAAAUGAAAGGCAAUUGGGUACGUAUACAUGCUACACCGAAUUCUUCAGGUGAUAUAAAUGAUUCCAAAUGGAAUUCAAUUAAAAAACGAAUAUCAUUUCGUAAAAAGUUAAAAGAAUCAAAUGAUUUACAAAAUGAACAAGAAGAUAAACAAAAUUCUAGUGUCUUUGAACAUGAAGAAAGACAACAAUUGGAACUUCAGGACCGUCAACAAUAUGGACAGAAUUGCUUUGAACACUUGUCUAGUUUAUCAUUACCUCAGCCAUAUCUAAAACAACAAACUUUGGGAAUUCAUCAACCUCUAACAGAUAUGACAACAUCGACAAGUUUUGUCACAUCUAAUUUAGACAGAAUAAGUUGUGUGUGUUUAUGUGAAAGAGAUAAUAACAAUGGAUUGAUUAAAACUAGUCAGUGUUCAAUUCCUAAAGAUAAACUAUUCAAUGACAAUAAUACUGAUAAAGAUAAUGAAGAGUCACAUUGUUUAAAGCCACCUGGCAAUAAGAAAACCCAGUGUACUAUAGAAAUAAAUAAUCCUCAAUUAUCAAGAAUCGAAUUGUCAGCGGCUAAUCUAGAACGUAGACGUAAACCACAUGUUCGUACAGCUCAAACAUUAGCAUUGGUUGCAGCAAAUUUCAUUAUAUCUUAUACACCAUCUCUUGUUUAUACAACAAUGCCAAUACAAAAAAGACAAGUAGUUCUUUUAAAAGAUAAACCACAUUGGACUAUUCAAGUAAGACGUAUACUAUUUUACAUGUAUUUCAUUAAUUCUGCAUUGAAUCCAAUCAUUUAUUCUUGUAUGAAUAGACAUUUUCGUGUUUGUAUCAUAAAAUUUCACUGUACUACUACUACUACUACUACUACUACUACUACUACUACUACUACUACUACUACUACUACUACUACUACUACUACUACUACUACUACUACUACUACUACUACUACUACUACUACUACUACUACUACUACUACUACUACUACUACUACUACUACUACUACUACUACUACUACUACUACUACUACUACUACUACUACUACUACUACUACUACUACUACUACUACUACUACUACUACUACUACUACUACUACUACUACUACUACUACUACUACUACUACUACUACUACUACUACUACUACUACUACUACUACUACUACUACUACUACUACUACUACUACUACUACUACUACUACUACUACUACUACUACUACUACUACUACUACUACUACUACUACUACUACUACUACUACUACUACUACUACUACUACUACUACUACUACUACUACUACUACUACUACUACUACUACUACUACUACUACUACUACUACUACUACUACUACUACUACUACUACUACUACUACUACUACUACUACUACUACUACUACUACUACUACUACUACUACUACUACUACUACUACUACUACUACUACUACUACUACUACUACUACUACUACUACUACUACUACUACUACUACUACUACUACUACUACUACUACUACUACUACUACUACUACUACUACUACUACUACUACUACUACUUACUACUACUACUACUACUACUACUACUACUACUACUACUACUACUACUACUACUACUACUACUACUACUACUACUACUACUACUACUACUACUACUACUACUACUACUACUACUACUACUACUACUACUACUACUACUACUACUACUACUACUACUACUACUACUACUACUACUACUACUACUACUACUACUACUACUACUACUACUACUACUACUACUACUACUACUACUACUACUACUACUACUACUACUACUACUACUACUACUACUACUACUACUACUACUACUACUACUACUACUACUACUACUACUACUACUACUACUACUACUACUACUACUACUACUACUACUACUACUACUACUACUACUACUACUACUACUACUACUACUACUACUACUACUACUACUACUGA